GCCGAUAACUCGAAUUCGACCUAAGUCGGGCUUGUUUAUGCUAGAGUACAUAGCACGGGAGAUAUUGAGAUGCAGAAAUUUAAAUGUUUUGAUGUGAAGUCGCUGGGAAGUAAAUCACACUAUGUAGCCUUCCAGCUGUGUUACCGGCUUGCUCCCUUGUCAGUUCUCAGUUCCAACUUCCAUCUUCCUGCUCACUCCACCUUUUUCUGCGUUCACCUUCUUCCACCACUUAACACUUGGAAAACUUGCCUUUCCUUCCGAUCCAAUUCAUAAGACAGUCAUCUCGAAAUGGCCGUCCAAAUCGACCCCGACGGUGACAUUUUGGUGAAUUGCUCAGGAACUGUCACCUUCCUAGUUUCGAAAAAGGCCCUGUCCCUGGCUUCCCCCGUCCUGACUUGGAUGGUGAAGCCGCCAGUCGAAGGUGGAUUGGCCAUAAAAAACGAUACCAGCACAUAUCCUAUUGUCAGCCUCCCACAUCAGGACCCGGAAGCAUUCCGCGUCUUCGGCGAGGUGGUCCACCAUAAAUCUACAGGUCUCUCCGAUACCCCCACGCCGCGCUGUCUUCGUCAUAUCGCCUAUUUCAUUGACGAAUAUAAUUGUACUAAAGCAAUGGCUUAUUCGGCUCGUGUAUGGCUCUCUCAGACACUGAGAGGGAAAACUCGUGAAGAGUUGUGGGACUUGCUACGGCUGGCGUACGUCGUAAACCUCGGGGCCCAAUUUUAUGAUAUAUCUCGCGAGCUUCUGUGGAUAAGUUCAGGCCGAUUCGGUUGCUGGGAGCAUGCGAGCCAGGAUCUCGAAGUAGUCUUUGAUAAUCUGCUAGGUUUUUUGAACCCCAAUUACACUAGUGGAACCUUUGAAUUCGCUAACCAUCUGUCGCAUACAUAGUCAGCCUUGAUAACAAACUCGAACUCGCUACUCGACACAUCCAGCACGCAAUUUUACACGUUGUGGACAGGCUCGCAGAUACUGAGUGCGAUAUAGCAGCCGCUUUCAUGCGCGAUUAUGUUAACGCCAUCAAGAAUAUCGGUAUCCUACCAGGAUCGGACGCAGUCGCGGGGAAGACAUUUCUGGAAAUUUAUCACGAUGCAAGACACGCCGAACUAAAACCAUUUACUGGUCACGGCAGCUGCAAAUGUUCCAGGUUU